CUUCCUGCGGAUUUCAUGUCACUGAACGCAUCAUGCAGCAUUUAUCUGAUGGUAAUGCUCAGAGAUGCUUUCAGCCCUCCUCCUCCUCCUCCCCUCUGACCUCCGACCGCUGUAAAGAGGAAGCUGUGGCGAGUUCUUUCGGCGCUGAGUGUCAGAGGAGGAACACGUCUCAGUCUUUAUCCUCCAUCAUGGCUCCAUCAGUCGCCCUCCUCCUCGUCCUCCUGAGCUCCGCGGGCUCGCUGCCUCCUCCUCGAACCUCCUUCCUCCUCAACUCUACAGACAGACCUCUGCCCCUAUUCAAUGACGUCCAGAACACAACCACGCUGUUGCUGAGCGAUGAUGGGUCCACCCUGUACGUUGGAGCGCGCAAUGCCCUCGUCUCAUUGGACGUCAGUCGGAGUGAUGACAUCAAGCUGAAGGGGAAGGUGGACUGGAGACCAUCUGCCAGUGAAACAGAGAGAUGUCAAUAUAAAGGGAAGAACGCACUGGUCGACUGUCCAAACUUUGUGCGUGUCUUGCAGCCACUGAACUCGACCCAUCUGUACGCCUGUGGCAGCUACGCCUACAGCCCCCAUGAUGCCUACAUCGAUGCAGAAAGCUUCUCCAUUGUCCAACAAAACAGUGCCAAAGGUCGCUGUCCGUUCAACCCCUUUCAGAGGAACACCGCCCUCGCUGUCGACGGCGAGCUGUUCACCGCCACAACGUCCGACUUCAAAGGAGUUGAACCACAGAUUUCUCGACACUUAAGCAGAGACGGUCGUCCAGAUGUCGCCCAGGACUCGUCUGUCAGCUUACUGGAGGAGCCAACUUUUGUCAGCUCAUCGCUGGACCCGUCAGACAGGAAACUCUACUUCUUCUUUAGUGAAGUUGGGAAAGAGUUCAGCUUUGUGGACAAGCUGCAAAUCGCGCGGGUGGCCCAAAUCUGCAAGGACGACAUUGGUGGAAAAAGGAUUCUGCAGAAGAAGUGGACAUCCUUUGCCAAAGCCCCUCUGCUCUGUCAGUCUCCUAAACAGCUUCCCUUCAACGUUCUGCAGGACAUGUUCACCCUGCAGCCACCAGAGGGCAGCGACGCCUCAGAAACUCUGUUCUACGGCGUCUUCACUUCCCAGUGGUCAUUAGGUCCAGAAUCUGCCGUGUGCGUCUUUAAACUGCAGGAUAUGAGGACAGUGUUCACUCAGACCUACAGGACCUUCGACAUGCAGACGCACCAGUGGAGUCCACAGCUGGAAAAACACUCCUACCUGGGAAAGUGUGGACUGGAAAACGCGUCAGAUUCUGAAUUACAAGAGGUGAAGAAGAGUUUCCUGACCAGCGACAGUGUAAAACCGGUCGGAGCCAGUCAGAUUGUUGUUUCUUCAGAGCAGCAAUACAGUCGCGUGGCUGCAAUGAGGACCCAGGCUGCCGAUGGCAAACAAUACACCAUCCUUUUCCUUCUUUCAGAGUCUGGAUUCCUCCAUAAAGUGGUCUUGUUUGAGCGGGGUGCUCUGGUCAUUGAAGAGAUUCAGGUCUUCACACAACCUCAGCUGGUCAAAAACAUCAUCCUCUCUUCCUCCAAGGGAGUGCUUUACGUGGGGACAUCAGAAGGCGUGACCGCCGUACCUGUGGCCAAAUGCUCGAUCUACAGAACCUGCAGCCAGUGUGUUCUGGCCAGAGAUCCUCUGUGUGGAUGGAGCCAGACCAGGAGGGUCUGCACCAGUCUGGAUGCCAGUGAUGAGAAUCUGGCUCAAGACCUGGAGGGCAGCAAUGUGGAAGAGCACUGUCCGGGACAAACCAAGCGCAGUCUGAACAGAGAACUCUACGUUAAUUUGAACGAAGCAGUGAAGCUUCAGUGUCUUAAACCUUCCAACCUGGCCACUCUGACCUGGACCUCCGAUCCAGUCAAAACCCUGUCAGAGGAUUUCUUCAUCCAGUCAGCUGACGGCAGUUUGCACUUCCUCGCCUCCGCGGACACCGUCGGGACCUACCACUGCGAGGCAGAAGAAGGCGGGUACAAGGAAGUCAUUGAAGGCUUUACCGUCCGACUAAAUGCUCCUCCACGCUCCAUGAGCCCCAUUACGAAGGCUGAACAAAAACCCAAUGACAAAGACGAGUCCGACGAGGACAUUUCUCUAACAGAAAUUAAAACAGUGAUAUCUAUGACCAAACCGUCAGGAAACCUGGAGGACUACACCACAAAGGACGAAAGUAAUGAAGUCACAACCAAUUUAAAAGAUGAGACGAUCUCCAAUGAAGAAGAUUCUGGUUUGGAGAAGAACUUCCAAGACAGCAGUUCUGACUUCACCCCAACAUCUAGAAAAGAAACCCAGUUCAGAAAGGAGCUGCUUGAUGAUGCUCAAAAGAUGACAAAAGUGAAGAGUUACUACAGCGAGAUGGUUGUGGUUUCCCUCCUGCUGGCAGCCUGCGUCUGCGCCCUGAUCCUCGGAGGACUCCACAUGUGGCGCCAAAGCAAAACUCACUUAAAAAUUAAUCCUGUGGUCAGUCCGCAGGAUAGCAGCAAAAAUCAAUCUAUGGAGAGCGUUCCCUCUCUGAGCAGCCCAGAGGAUCCUGAGGUGAAGGUGGUGGAGUAACGAUGUUUGAGUGAAAGAAGCCUUAAUUCUAGAGCUCGUCUUACGAUCCUGUGUCCCUUUCUGGUCCAUUCUGUGUCUUGUUGUUUUGUGUCUCUUUGGAGUUUCCAUAAGAAACGGUUGAUGUAUCUUGAGGUCAUUUUUGCCUUUUUGGAAAAAGCGUUGAUGGGAGAUGAAAAUACUUUUUUGAAUAAUCCCUGAAUUCCACCAGGCGCAGCUUCGAGGCGUUCCAGCUCUGCAGCUGUUGCCACACUAGAUACAAUUGUGAUCCCGCUCUGCUGCACAGAUAAUACGCAGCUGGUCUAUUUUUCACGUCAAGCAGCACAGAGCAGAUCACACUGGCAGAAAGUCAGAAACAGAGAAUCCAGUCAAUUUUCCAAAUAAAAAAACGCGUGCACUCAGCAGAUCGUAUUUGAUGCUACAUGUCAGUUAGAAGAAAUUUUAAGUAGAGAAAGAUGCAGUUUUGUUUCCUUUAUAAAGGACAAAAUACAUAAGACGUCAGGCAGAAAGACGCUCUCAGCGGGAUCAUGGAGCCACAGCGGCGGCGUGCUGUCAUAAAGCCGUGCCCGGUGGAAUUUCGGGGUAACAUUUAGGACGAUCUGCUAGCAGAAAUUGAAUAUAAUAUUGUUUUCAUCAGUGUAUAAUUGCCUGAUAAUAAGAAUCAUUGUGUGUUAGUUACCUUAGAAUGAGACAUUUUUAUCUACAGAGGGAGCGGGUCCUCUUCUGAUGGAGUCCGUCAUGUUGAACCACCAUGUUUCUGCAGUAGCCCAGAAUAGGAAACAUCACGGCGUUGGCAUGCCACUAAAUGCUACAAGCUGGUCCUUUAAGUUUACGGAUCGGAAUUGAGAACCGGUUUCAAAUUGUUUCUGUGCAUCGUAAAACAAGGAUGUCAGACUGGCGGACUUUGAGUGAAUCUCAUUCUGGGGUUUCGGUGUCACAGUACCAGGAGAGUCUAUAACUCACUUACUGCAGCAGAUUCCUGAACACAAACGCCUCGUGUCUCAGCCGAAACUGAUCCUGACGUUCAUUUUAACGUAGUUUCAGUGAAGCUGGUUUAAUGUGUUGAGAACAGGUCUAUCUAGUAUUGAUCAGUGAUUGGUUUAAAUUGGGUAGGAUGCAGAGACAUUAAAACGCAAUCGUUGAAUGAUAUUUUUGGUGAAUAUUUUUUAUUAAAUGAUCUACAGUCGAUGUUUAAAUUCAGGGAUUAGGCUAUAAGGAUAUCAAAUCCAGUCUUUUGUUGGUAUAUUUGUAUGUUAUGAACAGUUAUUGAUCGCUCUGUGAAUGUAUGUAAACAGGAUGAAUGUAACAAGGGCUGGGACCGAUAUAUCUAUAGAUAUAUGUAGAUAUGGAUAUUUUAGUGAUUAUCAGUAACAUGUGAAAUACAGUUAGAACCAAACUGUCUGACAUGUUUGUAGUUUUUUAAUAAUUUAAUAAUAAAGGAGAGUUUUUCUGUUUAUCACAAGCUGUCUCAAAUUAAAACUACAAAAUGUGAAAAUGUUUAAUAUUUAUUGUUUUUAAUAUUUAGAAUU